CCCAGCUCCCAUUCCUCCCCGUGCUGCUUGCUCUGUAAGUGGAUGCAUGUAAGCACAUGCCGAUGUCGCAUUUCCUCCUUCAUUGCUUGCUGCAAGAACAAUAACCCCGAUUGGAUUGGGCUGUCCUAUAUCCUGGGUGACAUAAAUCCCCGGACUAUAUAGUUCUGUGUCUUCCUCCCCCGCAACACGUCGCGUCCUACCGUCGAUCAAUUGUUUCUCCUUCUUCUGCAGAACCAGGUGAAGGUUCUCUGCCAUCAUAAUGCGGUUCACCUCCUCUUCUGUUGCAGCCAUUGCUGCAUUGACUGGACUUGCUUCCGCUCAGUAUGAUGGGGAGACAUCACCCCCAAGCUACCCUUCUCCGUGGAUGCGCGGUGGGAAUGGCUGGCAAGACGCGUACGCGAAAGCACAGGAAUUCGUGAGCCAACUCACCUUGCUCGAGAAGAUCAAUCUCACCACCGGUGUCGGUUGGGAAGGUCGACCCUGCGUUGGAAACACUGGAUCGAUUCCCCGACUCAACUUCCCUGGACUUUGCUUGCAGGACUCCCCACUUGGAGUUCGUGACACGGAUUUCAACUCCGGCUUCCCCGCGGGUAUCAAUGCCGCAGCGACGUGGAGUACUCGUCUCAUGAAAAAUCGGGGGAAUGCGAUGGGCAUGGAGCACCGUGGUAAGGGAGUCGACAUGCAACUAGGGCCAGUCGCAGGACCACUUGGCAGAGUCCCUGAAGGAGGUCGCAAUUGGGAAGGCUUCAGCCCUGAUCCUGUUUUGACGGGUGUGGCUAUUGCAGAGACCAUUAAAGGUAUCCAGGACGCUGGGGUCAUUGCUUGUGCCAAGCACUUCAUCGUGUACGAGCAGGAGCACUUCCGCCAGCCCGGCGCGACUAAAUUUUCCUACUCGUCGAACCUUGAUGAUAAAACUAUGCAUGAGCUUUAUCUAUGGCCUUUCGCAGAUGCUGUUCGUGCCGGUGUUGGCGCUGUCAUGUGCUCCUACAACCAAAUCAACAACAGUUACUCGGCCCAGAAUAGCUACAUCCUCAAUCAUCUACUCAAGAAUGAGCUCGAUUUCCAGGGCCCUGUGGUCAGUGAUUGGUGGGCACAACUCACCGGUGUUGCGAGUGCCUUGGCUGGUCUUGACAUGACCAUGGCUGGAGACCAGGGUCUCGCAUCUGGAGAUAGCUUCUGGGGUUCGAAUUUAACGGCAGCCGUCUUGAAUGGAACCAUCCCCCAAUGGCGACUUGACGACAUGGUUGUCCGAAUCAUGUCUGCCUACUUCAAGGUUGGAAGAGAUACUGCCCGAGUCCCUAUCAAUUUCAGCUCAUGGACCUUGGAAACCGAUGGUUAUGCUUACCCGGAGGCAAACGAAGAUUACACUCAGGUUAACUGGCAUGUUAAUGUUCAGGGUGACCACGCCGCACUCAUUCGUGAGAUUGGUGGGGCCUCAACAGUCCUCCUGAAGAACACUAACAAUGUUCUUCCACUCAAAAAACCGAAGAGCAUUGCAAUUAUUGGCGAGGAUGCUCAUGACAAUCCUGGUGGGCCAAACGCAUGUGGCGACAGAGGUUGUGAUACCGGAACCCUUGCGAUGGGAUGGGGUAGUGGGACGGCGAAUUUCCCCUACCUGAUUUCUCCCGUUACUGCUCUUAGGGCCCAGGCCGCAAAGGACAAGACCAGUUUUGCAAAUGUCAGCAAUAACUAUGAUCUUGAAGCCAUAGCUGCUGCCGCCACUGGCGCGGAGGUUGCUAUUGUCUUCGCCAACGCAGACAGUGGUGAAGGUUACAUCACCGUGGAUAACAACGAAGGUGAUCGAAACAAUCUCACUCUAUGGGGUAAUGGCGACGCGCUCAUCUCAUAUGUCGCGUCGCUCAAUCCAAAUACUAUCGUCGUCUUGCACACAGUGGGCGCUGUCAUAGUUGAGGAGCAUAAGAACAACCCAAAUGUGACCGCCAUUCUGUGGGCAGGUCUCCCAGGUCAAGAAUCCGGAAACGCAAUUACCGACGUUCUCUACGGCGACGUCAACCCACAAGCGAAGACAGUCUUCACCUGGGGUAAGAGCCGCGAGGACUAUGGCGUAGACGUGUUGUAUCAGGCCACCGAAGAUCCGCCCCAGAUCGAUUUCACCGAAGGCGUCUUUAUCGACUACCGCCACUUUGACGCUGCCGGUAUUGAGCCCUCCUACGAAUUUGGCUUCGGGCUUUCGUACACCAACUACUCGUACUCCAACCUGCAGAUCCACAAGGAGAACCCGGGACCAUACGAGCCCACUACCGGGAUGACGAAGGCAGCACCGACAUUCGGCACGAUCGAUUAUGACCCCGCGCAUGCUGAGUUUCCCCCAGGAUUCCACGCCGUCCAUGAUUACGUGUACCCGUAUCUCAGCGGCCCAGUCCCAACGGACCUCCCCCAAAACUGGCCCGCUGGUUCCCAAGAUGGCAGUCCACAACCUCAUCUCCCUGCUGGUGGAUCAGGCGGCGGUAACAGACAACUCUACGAUAUCAUGUACACUGUGUCCGCUACCGUGACCAACAUCGGCCACGUGAAAGGCACUGAGAUCGCUCAACUGUACAUCUCUCUAGGGGGGCCCACCGAUCCCAAAGUCGUCCUCCGCGGCUUUGACGACCUGAUCCUCGACCCUGGCGAGUCGGAAACCUUCACGUACCAGAUCACUCGCCGCGACAUCUCGAACUGGGACCCCGUGGCGCAGGACUGGUUCAUCAGCGAGUAUCCCAAGACCGUGUAUGUAGGAGCCAGCUCGCGGAACCUGCCGCUAAGCGCCACUCUGCCGUAG